AUGUCCUCCAUAGCCCCUCCGAUGCCUUACCGCCGGCCAUCGCGACAGGGCUCUAGACAAGCAUCUAGAGAUAGCCGAGACGACAUUCACUUUCACAUAGACCAUUACAUCGGUAUCGAUGUUGGGACCGGCAGUGCCCGGGCUUGUAUCAUCGACAGUAAAGGGGAUAUUGUUGGUUUGGCAUCGGAGAAUAUUGGCCUUUGGCAACCACAACAGGGAUACUAUGAGCAAUCUACAAAUGAUAUAUGGCGGUGUAUAUGUGUGGCUGUCCAACGUGCCAUUAGCCAGCACAACAUCGAUCCAGAAACCGUACGAGGGAUUGGUUUUGAUGCAACAUGUUCGUUGUCGGUUUUUUCCAACGUUACCGACGAGCCUAUAUCUGUCACGGGACCCAAUUUCGAUUCGGAUCGCAAUGUCAUCCUUUGGCUAGAUCAUCGCCCUGUAGAGGAGACGGAAAAGGUCAACGCUACCAGCCAUAACUUGCUUCGUUACGUUGGUGGGAAAAUGUCCAUUGAAAUGGAGAUUCCCAAGGUCCUGUGGCUGAAAAAUCACAUGCCCAAAGAACUGUUCAAGCAGUGUAAGUUCUAUGAUCUGGCCGAUGCACUGACCCACAUCGCAACUGGAAACGAGAAGAGAAGCUUCUGUAGCGUUGUUUGUAAGCAAGGCUACGUCCCUGUCGGUGUGGACGGAAGUGUCAAAGGUUGGCAAGAAGAUUUCUUGGCCGAAAUAGGCCUUGGGGACCUCACUCAAGAAAGCUUUAAGAGGAUGGGGGGCGUUGAUGGGGUGAACGGCGAUUACCUAAGUGCUGGAGAGCUAGCUGGAACCCUUUGCGAAAAAGCGGCCUCUGAACUGGGAUUACCUUCUGGUAUUGCUAUAGGAAGUGGAGUCAUCGACGCUUAUGCAGGCUGGGUUGGUACUGUUGGUGCCAAAGUCGACCUAGGAUCUGAGCAGCUAAGCUCAGAUGUCGCCAAGAACGAUAAGACGCAAGCAUUUUCUCGUUUAGCAGCUGUUGCCGGUACCUCGACCUGCCAUCUUGCAAUGUCCCCCAACCCCGUAUUUGUCCCUGGUGUUUGGGGCCCCUAUCGAGACACUAUUCAACCAGGGUAUUGGAUGGCUGAAGGCGGGCAGUCCGCAACUGGAGAGCUCCUUAAAUACGUUAUUGAGACCCACCCAGCCUUCAAUCAGGCGGUCUCGAUCGCUGAAUCGUACAAUGCCAAUAUAUACGAAUACUUGAACGAACACUUGAAGGAAAUGGCGCAUGAACAGCAAGCCCCAAAUGUGGCUUAUCUGGCACGCCACUUUUUCUUCUACGGUGAUCUAUGGGGUAACCGCUCUCCGAUUGCAGACUCAGGAAUGGCUGGCUCCGUUAUUGGCCUUACAAGUAAUAAGUCUGUGGAUGGGCUCGCUAUCCAUUAUUAUGCCACGCUCGAGUUUAUCGCGUUGCAGACACGACACAUUGUUGAGACCAUGAACAAGGCUGGUCAUAGCCUCACUUCCAUCUUCAUGUCGGGAUCUCAGUGUCAGAAUGAGAUCUUGGUUGGCCUCAUCGCAUCCGCCUGCGGCAUGCCUGUCCUUAUUCCGCGGUACAUUCACGCUGCCGUCUGCCAUGGUGCAGCCAUGUUGGGUGCUAAGGCUGCCAGUGCAGAUGCUGACGGCAAAACAGAAGAUCUAUGGGAGAUAAUGGAUCGGAUGAGUAAGCCAGGGAAGAAGGUAGUCCCGACAGACAAUGCGACAGAGAAGGCUUUGCUUGAUGUCAAAUACAAAGUAUUCCUGGAGCAAUGUUAUAAACAGCAAGAGUAUCGGGCUCUUGUUGACAACGCUGUGAGCUCAUGGAAGUCUUAG